GUGUGCGCCUUGUUUUGAGAGUUCCAGUAAUUUAACAGCAGCAAGCAAGCAGCACUUCAACAAAAGUGAAAGCACAGGGAAAAAAUGGCAAUUCGCUCGCUGCUCGGAGCGUUUCGGAAGCGUUCAUUUGUCACUCGUGCAGUCUCUUGCUAUCGAUCUCUCAGCACACUGAUUUUGGCUGAACAUGAGAGGGGCGUUCUUAAAGCUUCAUCGUUGAGUGCAGUGGAGGCCGCUAAAUGUUUGGGUGAGAACAAUUCAAUAUCUUUAUUGCUUGCUGGUACAGGUCCAUCCUUACAAGAAGCUGCUGCUCAUGCUGCUUCAUGCCAUCCUUCUAUUUCUCAGGUCCUCCUUGCUGAAUCAGACAAGUUUGCAUAUCCUCUAGCUGAAGCAUGGGCGAAACUAGUGCAUGUGGUGCAACAGAAGGGCAGCUACUCUCACAUAAUUGCUGGAUCAGGUUCUUUUGGAAAAAAUAUUCUACCUCGAGCAGCAGCAAUUCUGGAUGUUUCUCCCAUCACUGACGUCACUGAGAUCAAUGGGUCUAAUCUUUUUGUCAGGCCAAUAUAUGCUGGCAAUGCUCUUAGUACUGUCCGAUACACUGGUUCAGCCCCUUGCAUGCUGACCAUUAGGUCCACCUCAUUUCCUUUGGGGGCCACGCCAGCUCCUUCAGUGUCUAAUGCUGCAUCAGUUGAUAAGGUUGAUCUUUCAACCCUCAGUGAAGAUGAUGCAAUUGGAAAAUCAAAGUAUAUAAGCCUUUCCUCGCAAGAUACAGAUCGGCCAGAUCUUGGAAAUGCACGAAUUGUGGUCACUGGAGGACGAGCUCUAAAAAGUGCUGAGAAUUUCAAACUGAUAGAGAAGCUUGCUGAGAAACUUGGCGCUGCAGUUGGAGCCACUCGUGCUGCCGUUGAUGCGGGAUUUGUUCCAAACGAACUUCAGGUUGGUCAGACUGGGAAAAUUGUUGCUCCUGAAUUAUACAUGGCAUUUGGUGUUUCUGGAGCUAUUCAGCAUAUAGCAGGCAUGAGAGAUUCUAAGGUCAUUGUUGCUGUAAAUAAAGAUGCUGAUGCCCCAAUUUUCCAGGUUGCCGAUUAUGGACUUGUAGGUGACCUUUUUGAGAUCAUACCAGAACUGUUAGAGAAACUUCCCGAGAAGAAGUAGAUAGAUGUGUAAUUUCAGCUAACCGAUUGUGAAACAGUCGAAAGUUUAAUAAAAAUAAUUCAUUAUGCUGGUUAUUCUCUCUCAGCAUACCUCA